ACCAUAAAAAUAGUUAAUUCAUUUUGUAAGCUUAAGUUAUACUCAAUCAUGGCUGGGGAAGUAGUUGUCGACGCGUUGCCAUACAUUGACCAAGGGUACGAUGAACCAGGAGUACGAGAAGCGGCAUUUGCAAUGGUUGAAGAAGAAUGCAGAAGGUAUCGACCGACAAAAAAUUAUUUGGAGCACUUACCCCCUUUAAAUGUCUCAUCUUUCGAGACCCAGAUUAUGCAUAACGAAUUUGAAAGGCUUCAAAAUCGUCUGCCAAUGGAAACCAUCUCAAUGAAACGCUAUGAAUUACCGCCUCCACCAAGCGGGAAACUCAAUGAACUAAACGCCUGGACAGAGUGUGUGGACAAUUCUCAAGCCCAGUUAGAGCACCAAGCAGUUAGAAUAUUAAACUUACAGCUAAUGAUGGAAUAUUGUUGUCCUGCUUGGCAAAGAUAUUUGCAAACUUUGCAGGACAUGGAAAAACUUGCUUCAAAAAAACUGGCCAACUUAAGGCAUGCCUUGCAGGAAAUUAAUUGGCAGAGGAAAUCUCUGCAAACCAAAGGAGGAGAACAAUUAAGGAAUUUGGAAGCCAAGUGGGUGGCUUUGGUAUCCCACAACUAUGAGAUCGAACAAGCUUGUUCCAUGGCUGAAGAGUAUAUAGUAAGAGUAAAACAGAAUCCACAUUUGUUAAAUACAGCCCCUCUGUCAUAUAGGUCUAUAUAGUUCUAAGUUUAAAUUAUUUGUGUAUAGGUUAGGUUAAAUAAAGUUUCAAC